AUGACAAAGAGAACCAAGAAGGUCGGAGUCACCGGUAAAUACGGUACCAGAUACGGUGCAUCCCUCAGAAAGCAAGUCAAGAAGAUGGAAAUCACUCAACACGCAAGAUACGUCUGCACCUUCUGUGGAAAGACUACCGUCAAGAGACACUCCGUUGGUAUCUGGGAUUGCAAAUCAUGCAAGAAGACCGUUGCUGGAGGAGCUUACACCGUCACAACCCCCCGCCGCCGCUGCUAUGAGAUCGACUCUCCGCAGAUUGAGAGAAAUCGCCGAGGUUUAAAUGGCUUGGGAUGGAUGUUUGUUUCUACGGGUUAUUUUUUCUGCGGCACGGGAUAG